CAGUUAGGGAGCAGCUGAAGUGGUGAUUGGCCUGACAAGUGCCACCUCCUGGGACCGCCCCAUCUGCCCGCUGUCCCUAGACUACCUCUUUCUGUGGCUUUGUUCUGCACCUAACUCCACGACGGGUUGAGGCAUACCAGGGCGGAACCGGGACAGAGCCAGAAAACUGGUAAAGACCCCUAAACUGACUAGGCUGAAGCAAUGGCAGCUCCGGGGACACCAUCUCCCUCAACCCCAGAGACAGCUGGUGCCGUCUCAGGGGGAGGGGGGAGGGAACCCAAGAAGCUGCCUGAGCUGAUCCGCCUCAAACGAGAUGGAGGGCAUCUGAGUGAGGCAGAUAUCAGGGAUUUCGUGCAAGCAGUGAUGGAUGGAAGCGCACAGGACACACAAAUUGGGGCUAUGCUGAUGGCCAUUCGGCUGCAGGGCAUGGACCCAGAAGAGACAACCGUGCUGACGCAGGCCCUGGCAGACUCUGGGCAGCAACUAGAGUGGCCCAAGGCCUGGCACCAGCAGCUUGUGGAUAAACACUCCACGGGAGGUGUGGGGGACAAGGUCAGCCUGGUUCUGGCACCUGCCCUGGCUGCGUGUGGCUGUAAGGUGCCAAUGAUCAGCGGACGUGGUCUGGGACACACAGGGGGCACACUGGAUAAGCUGGAGUCUAUUCCUGGGUUCAAUGUCACCCAGAGCCCAGAGCAGGUACAGAUAUUGCGCUUACUGGAGGAGGUGGGCUGCUGCAUUGUUGGCCAGAGUGAGAAGCUGGUCCCUGCUGAUGGAAUCCUGUACGCUGCACGAGAUGUGACAGCUACUGUGGACAGUGUACCACUCAUUACAGCCUCAAUCCUCAGUAAGAAGGUCGUGGAAGGACUGUCCACUCUGGUGGUGGAUGUCAAGUUUGGGGGGGCUGCAGUCUUCCCAGACCAGGAGCAGGCCCGAGAGCUGGCAAACACAUUGGUUAGGGCGGGAGUGGGCCUGGGGCUGCGGGUCGCCGCAGCCCUCACCGCCAUGGAUAGCCCUCUGGGCCGCAGCGUGGGCCAUACCCUGGAAGUGGAAGAAGCGUUGCUUUGCCUGGACGGUGCGGGGCCGCCGGACCUACGGGACCUGGUCAUUAGGCUAGGGGGCGCCAUCCUUUGGCUUAGCGGACAGGCGGAAACCCAAGACCAGGGCGUUGCCCGAGUGGCCGCGGCGUUGGAUGACGGCUCUGCGUUGGGUCGCUUCCAGCUGAUGCUUUCGGCGCAGGGCGUGGAGCCAGGCCUAGCCAGAGCACUGUGCUCCGGGAGCCCCGCGCAACGCCGCCAGCUGCUGCCCCACGCGAGAGUGCAAGAGGAGCUGCUCGCCCCUGCAGACGGCACCGUGGAGAACGUCUUGGCGUUGCCGCUGGCCCGUGUGCUGCACGAGCUCGGGGCCGGACGCAGCCGAGCGGGACAGCCGAUCAAGCCGGGAGUGGGUGCCGAGCUGCUGGUCGACGUGGGUCAGUGGCUGUACCGCGGUACACCCUGGCUCCGCGUACACCUGGACGGCCCGACGCUCAGCGACCAGCAGCGCCGCGCUCUGCAGGGGGCGCUCGUGCUGUCUGACCGCGCACCCUUCAAGGCCCCUUCACCUUUCGCUGAGCUAGUCCUCCCACCGACCGUCGUUCAGCCCUAAAUCCGACCCCACCGCA